CAGGAGGGCCGCCCACACACGUACCACGAGAGUCCCCCCCCUCUCCUCCGCGGCCGCGUGACGUCACGGAGCCGCGUUGGUGUCGCCCGGGCCCCAUGGUCCGCGGGGAGGGGGAGAGAGAGGCGGUAUCGUCGCGGCCCCCGCCGGCGGCGAGCUCCAGUACCCGCGUCGACGGCGAUCGCGGAAGCCGCGGUUUUCGGAGGAUCCUCUCCCGGCGCGCGUCUCGCCCUCCCCGGCAUGGCCCGGCGAAGAAGAAGAAGCCUUCCUUGUCCGCCUCGCGAAGACGACGACAGCCCCGAAGCCCGCCAUGCUCGCGAUGAGACGGCCGCCGCCGCCGCCGCCGCCGCCGUCCGAGCAGGCGGCCAGUGACCGCCGCCGGCGGGGCGACGACCGCUGCGACGAAGACGACGACGACGACGACAACGACGGGGAUGAGCGGCGGCGGCUCGCGGCGGCCCGCGACUCCGACCCGGACGAGUUCGUGGACAUCCUCCAGGUGCAGCAGCUGCUGCUGGGGUCCUCCGCGUCGGCCGACGGCGACCAGAGGGGCCGCGUGAUCCUCGAGGGCUUCCCGCACCACUUGCACCACCAGCAGCACCAGCAGCCGCCCGCGGCGCCCUUCUACCUCGGCGGCUAUGCGCAGCACCAGCAGCCGGCCAGCGUCGAGGACCUGUUCGCCCUGUGGCUGGGAGCCUCUUCGACCCCUGCAGGCCCGCCGGCGCAGCCCCCCGCCGCCGCCGCCGCCGCCGCCCAGCAGGCGACCAUGAUCAUGGACGGCGGAGUGGACGCGCUGCCGCCCCCGCACCACCACCACCACCACCACCACCACCUGCACCACUCCGCGGCCUUCUUGCUGUCCGAGUCGGUGGCCGCCGCCGCCGCCGCAGCCGCCGCCGCAGCAGCCGCGCACCACUUCAACGUGCUCAGCUUCGACACGCUCUGCAAGGAGGCGGGGGGCGGCCAGGGCGGCGCCAGCCCCGCCGCCGGCUCGGGGGCCGGGGAGGCGGUCGGCGAAGAGGCGCCCGCGCAGCCGGGGGACCUCAACACGCCCGUCACCACCUCCGGGGACAUCCCUUCCUUCUUCGGGCCGUCCACCGUCGUAGAGCCCCCUCCCAUCACAGGAUCCUUGGCGCCGGAGGAGCUGUCUCUGGACCCGGCGGCCAGCCCCGCCGCCGCCGCCCCCGAGGACCCGGGGGCGGGCAGCAACUCCCAGCCCGCCGCCAGCCUGUGCAGCAGUCCUGGAGCCGCAGAGGAGGACUCGAGCAACACCAGCAGCGUCAUGUACCCGUCCCACCACCACCCGCACCACCACCACCACCACCACCACCACCCCCACCACGCGGGCGCCGGCGAGAAGAUCAGCUACCACGGCGUGUUCACGGCGUCGGGCUCCAGCCCCAGGUCGUCGGCGCCGCUGCCCGGCUCGCCGAGCCACUGGCUGCUGCCCGACAAGUCGCUGUUCCCUCCGGUGUUCGGCCAGCAGCAGUCGCCGCACCAGCAGUACGCGUCGACGGCGGUCGACAGCCCGCAGUACGACGACCCUCUGGGGCUGGCCAUCGACAACCUGCCGCUCAAGGCCGCGCCCGGCUACCCCAGCUGCGACGUGCAGCAGCACGACGCGGCGUACGGCGGCCGCGGGCUGGUCGCGCCGGCGCCCAAGUACACGUGGAUCGACUCGCAGGGGGUGCCGGACUACGGAGCCGCGUCCCAGGGGGGCUCGUCGUCGGGCACCCUCACGCUGGCGGGGCCCUCCGGGGUCGUGCCCAAGCAGGAGCCGCAGUUCGCCGACUCCCGGCAGCAGCAGCAGCAGCAGCAGCAGCAGGCGGCGCAGGGCUUCCCGUCGCCCGUGCAGCUCGCCGAGUACAACCCGUCGACGAGCAAGGGCCACGAGAUCUUGUCCCAGGUGUACCAGCAGUCGCCGGUGCCCUUGAAGCUGGUGCCGGUGAAGCCGCGCAAGUACCCGAACCGCCCCAGCAAGACGCCCGUGCACGAGCGGCCCUACGCCUGCCCCGUCGAGAACUGCGACCGCAGGUUCUCGCGCUCGGACGAGCUCACCAGGCACAUCCGCAUCCACACGGGCCAGAAGCCGUUCCAGUGCCGCAUCUGCAUGCGCAGCUUCUCGCGCUCCGACCACCUCACCACGCACAUCCGCACGCACACGGGCGAGAAGCCCUUCUCGUGCGACGCGUGCGGCCGCAAGUUCGCGCGCUCCGACGAGAAGAAGCGCCACGCCAAGGUGCACCUCAAGCAGCGCCUCAAGAAGGAGGGCAAGGCGUCGCAGCAGCAGCAGCAGCUGCAGCUGCAGCAGCAGCAGCAGAUGCACCACAUGCACCAGGGGGCGGGGCUCCAGCACACCGUCACGUCGGACGACGCCCUCGGCAUGCCCGUCGUCACGACGUCGCUGUGAGGCCUCCCCCCCCACUCCCCUCUCGAACCCUCCCCUUCGAACCCUCCCACGCCACGCUCUCCUCUCAAGCUGUGAUUUCUCUUCGACUCGACGAAAAAAAAAUAUAUAUAUUAAGAAAAUAGAAAUGAAAACGAACCGCUUAAACCGCAUUAACGACCGUUUUUUUUGACUAUGAAACUCUUCGCACGAAAUUUGGCGACACGAAACAUUCUACCUGUGUAUAUGUAUUAUUACUUUUUUAGUUCGUUGUUCACCGCACUCUCUCAUCCCUUCAGUAUUUUUUUUUUUUUUUUUUUUUAACGUUUCCCCUUCCCCUCAAAAAUAUAUCUUACCACAUUUUCCAUAUCUUUCAGAAACCCUUGUCGCCCUAUGCGUUGAAUACCAUUGUGUUGUGUAAAAUACUAAGUAAUAAGUUAUUAUCGUUGUGCGUUCAGAUUCUUUUCAUUGUCAGCUUUUUCGUGGGGGAUAAAAUAGAAGAGAUAAGUGACUCUUUUGUGUUUGUGUUCUUGAAGAAAAUUAUUGCCAGUCAUUUGAGUAGGUGAAUGUACGAACAGUUUGCAUUUUUAUUUUUGGAACCAAGGACUGGGAAGAGGACAUUUCUUUCGUUCUGUGUUUUGUGUUGCCAAAAUAAAGUAAACGAAAAAUAUAUAUAUGUGUAUAUAAAAUACUGCAGCUCUCUGCCAUUUCCCAUGAUGCACCAGGUGCAUAAGAUGGAUCUUGGCGCAAUUUUUUUUCUCAAAGAGAAAAUAAUCCUAUUUUUAUACAAGUUUUUGUUUUGUUUGAAAAAAAUUAAUCGGGUCCCACUUGUUUUUGACACAGCGUGUUGAGUAACGACUGUUUGUGUUGGAUUUUUUUUUCUAUCAGGCCGAUUAGAUAAGGCUUAACGUAGCAAAGAAUCACAAAAUAACAAAUGGCUUUAAUUAAUUGAAUAAGGAAAUGCUAUGUGUAUUUACAUUUUGUAACUCAUAUGUACCCAAAGAAUGAGGAUGGAGGAUUGUAAAAACACGUCCCUUUUCUUGGGAAUUAUUUUAGCAAAGUUUGGACUAGAAUGUUCUAUUUACUUUUAUUUAAUUAUUUUACUUUUUUUAAAAAUUUUGGGACUUUAUUUGAAGCGUUGUGAAAUAUAUCACUGAGCUAACUCAAGUGGUUAGGACAAGUUUCCUGUCUAAUAAGUAUGAUUGAAAAGCAAAUACCAAAUGAAUAGAUCUCAUUAAGUUUUUUCAUCCAACAUCCUCAUAAUCUUAGGGUGAGAAAUGUUGCCAAAUAACAUUUUUUUUUAAUUACACAAACAUUCCGUAAAUUAGGAUUUUCACGAUUAGAAUGUCUCCGUUGUUUCUUAAGAACGUAGGUAAUAAGCGGCGGAUUUUUUAACAUUUUAUCUAGCAUGAAAUUCAAUCGUUAAUUUUUUUUAAAAAAAUGAGCCUUAGGCAGAGUUUUGUUUUUUGCAUUAGAACUAGGUGAGCACGCACACAACAUUGUUAUAUCGAUUGAAAGGUAAUAAAAAUAUUUAGAUGACAGUCUUUUUACUCCCUAAAAGCAGAGUUAGCUGCCACGUGAAAAAAAAAAAUCUUCUGUCUGCAGAAGCUUGCCUUAGUAAGUGAGUGAUAUCGAGCGGUGAGUAGUGAAGUUCAGGGCAGUGUCUUUAGCAAAUAUUUUUUUUCCUGAAAAAAAAAUAAAGUUUUUUUUGUACUCUUUAAAUGCAACAGCGCGUGUGUGGCGCGAUGGAUUUCUAUUGGUCGGCUCACAGACAGAUGGGAGUCAUGCAUACACGCAGACAGGCCAGAAACAAAUGCAGGCACAUCUAAACAGAAAAUUCUUAUAGCAAGGUAGUCUCCGGAGAUUUCUAGAUAGGAAUUAUCAAAAAAAACUCUCCAUGAUGAUAGCGUUCAGAAUUUUAGUUCAAAUCACGGCUUGAAUCAAUUCAAUUUAUUUUCAUUAAAUAUGUUAUGUUUCGUAAGAUAAACAGCGAACGACAAGUUGUCUUUACCUGGAAGAUCAUUUCCCCAGGGGAUAGUUUCACUGUCAACUCGAUUUUAAACGCUCCAUCAAAAUAUUCUCCCCGGAUUGGUCUGAUAUCAACGUGACGCACAAAAUUACCGACCCUUAAAUUAUUCCGAAAUUUUAAUUUUAACCUAACUUCAAUGAAGACCAACUGCAUUUUUUUUUUGCAGGUUAUUAAAAAUCGGCUCAGGACAUAAGCAUGCGCGUUGCAAUGAGAUAAACAAAAAAAUAAACGUAACGGUGCUAAAAAUGCUGGCUGCAUUUUGCUUUAAGUUGUCGGCACGUGAUGCCGGGUUCAUUAGGCCCUGCGUUGAAAAAAAUCGCGUCACACGAAGCGCCUUAGAUCACUGUUGCUCUGUGGAGACAACCACGAAUAAAAAUCAAGCGUACAAAUGUCAGGCCUAAACGCCAUAAUAGCCAAAUGUAAAAGGUUUUUUUUAAAAAGUGAGUAAAAUAAAAAAAAUUAUGGAACUGUAAAUAGACUAAAAAUGCUACAAAAUGUUGUAUGUAUAUAUUAUAUAUAAUUAUAAAGUAUUAUAAACUAUAUUAUUGUUGAAUCACCCAGACCGCUGUUAUGACUUCCAAAAUGUUGGAUAUUGUUGUUCUAUUUGUAAUACUGCUGGUUGGCCGCCCCUUUCUCGUUGUUAAGUGGAAAAAAAAUUAUUGUAUGAAUAAAUUUUUUAACGAAACAAAGUCCUUUCGCCUGUUUGUGAUACUAUUUAUUUUUUUCUUCUGUAGUUGAAGUAGGCUAUAUUGUAAAUUGUUUGAUUUUUUUUAAAAAAAAAAAACUGUAGUCAGUUCACUAGAGUAGGAAGGAUUUCUCUCCAAAGUUGGCACUCAUUAUUAUAAAAACUUUUGCAAGUGAUCAAGCAGAUUGGAAUAUUUUUAUUGUUUUAAUUUUAGCAUCUCCAUUACAAUUCUGGCAUGUUUUGUAGCCUACGUAUCCUCCGUUUUUUUAAAUUCUGCUAUAAUUUCAGAAAGUAUCCUUGUUAUAUGUCCAUGAAAAGAAAUGUUCAAAAUCGGUGUUCCAAUUUGUGUGUGCCCGCUAAACAAAAAAUAUAUAUCUGCGGCUUCUGAAGCUCGCUGACUCGUUCAAAAGGCAAUUUGUUAAAACUAACUUGCCGUUUGAAAGUCAGCCACAAACACGUGAGGCUGUAUCUAUCAAUGUGAUAUUUGGACAUAAACGUUGAAAUAAAAUAUUAUAAAAUGAAUUGUAAUUACUAUAAAUAGUAAAAUGACUCUCAAAAAUA